CUCAAUCUUUCCUGCGGGAAGUCCCUGCGGUGAACUCAGACUGUGCCUCAGCACGGCUAAUACUGCAAACGCCGAAGCUCACGACCCGAAAAGGAGGGGUUCCGUUGCCAGACCGUCUCCGUCAAAUGCCGACUCUGGCGGGGUCAUGCCGAAGUGCGGAGAGUGAGCUGCACGUCUUUGCAACAGGUUCACAGAUUUCUCUUCGGUUGAGGACAUUCUAUCACUGUAUUUGAAAAUAAUUCCAAUUGCCCAGUUUCACAUCCAAAACGAUUAGGAGCCAUGUCUUCCGGUGCGGAGAAACUCAAGAACAACAAAAGCAUUGCUAUCCUCGAUGCUGCCGAACGAGGAGGCUAUGGCAUCGUUUCUGUUGUCUGUUACAACCUCGAAGAGAUCAUCGCCACUGCCCGCGCAGCCGAAGCAAAGAACUCCCCCGCCAUGAUCCUCCUCUUCCCCUGGGCCCUCACACAGUUCAAGUCGCACCUCGUCAACCUCGCUGCCGACGUCUGCGCUUCCGCCAACGUCCCACUGUCACUCCAUCUCGACCAUUGUCUGGAAUACGAUCUCGUGAAAUACGCUGCUUCCUUGCCGUUUGACAGCAUCAUGGUCGACAUGAGCCACUACGAGAAAGACGAGAACUUGAGGCUAACGAAAGAGUUGACUGACUACUGUCAUGAGAGGGGGAUUGCUACUGAGGCUGAACCGGGCAGGAUUGAAGGCGGGGAGGAUGGGUUGAAGGAUACGGCUGAUUUGGAAGGGGUGUUGACUACCCCCGAACAAGCCCUCGAGUUUGUUGCUACAGGGAUCGACUUCUUGGCGCCAGCGUUUGGCAAUAUUCAUGGUGAGUAUGGAGCGAAGGGACCCAGGGGGUGGUUGGAGUUUGAUCGGUUGGAGAAGGUGAGGAAGGCGGUCGAGGGGAAAGUCAAGAUUGUAUUGCAUGGGACGAAUGCUUUUGACCAAGCGCUUUUUCAGCAGUGCGUUGGCCAUGGGGUGAGCAAGAUAAAUGUUAACAAGCAGUUAAUUGAUCCGUGGAAGAAGAUGAUGAAUGAGAGGCAUCAGACGGGUUUCUUGCCGAUUACGAAGUUGAUGGAAGAUAGCAUUGAUAUCUUUCAGAAGGAGGUGGAGAGGUUGAUGGAUGAGUGUGGGAGUUCUGGGAAAGCAUGAGCCUCAGAUUAGUCGUUAUUUCUGUAUUGCACGGAUCGAUGCUGGGAGAAGGAAUCGAAACAGCUCUCAAAAUUUACUUGAAAAGGAUGGACCGUUGCAGACUUAUAAGAGAACGGUCCUAAGCAGCAUCACUUGAAAGCAAUUGCUCCUAGACGAACUCAUUGCAAUUCAAACCUAUUUGUUCAAAAGCG